CGCCGCACUGCGCUGGCGUGAAAUACUUACGUCCGGGUCGCCGCAGCGCCUGAUGCAGCCCUCCGGCACGUCGUUGCUUCUCUCCUGUACGACUGACAGCAACGAAUUCGACAAGCCCAUAGCCAAGUCCUGUCGCCGUAGCUUGUCUGCCCUACUGUAACGCCCGCCGCGGUGCACGCUGGUGCAAUUCGCGAGCAUCAUGUCCGAGUCGUCCACUACGAGUCCUCCAGCAGAGGACGCCCCCAAAACCGAAUACCCUCCAUCCGAGUCGCCUGUCGUCGAGAAGCUUGUCCCGCAGCCCACCAUUACCAUACCUGAUGGCGGCCUUCAAGCAUGGCUAUCCGUCCUUGGAGGCUUCCUCAUCUGCACGACGACCUUUGGUUACUCGAACUCGUUCGGUGUCUAUCAGGACUACUAUGUACUGUCCGGCGCGUCUACGGCGUCGAACAUCAGCUGGAUCGGGUCCCUACAGUUGUUCUUUAUGUUCGCGAUGGGCCUGCCGGCGGGUAAGCUGUUUGAUCAGGGCUACUUCCACCACGUCGUCGGGUUCGGCAGUCUACUCUACGUCUUCUGCAUGUUCAUGCUCUCGCUCGCCCACCCGGCCAAGUACUACCAGCUCAUUCUCUCGCAAGGAGUCGGUAUGGGUAUUGGAAGUGGUCUCAUGCUUGUUCCUGCCAUGUCCGUGCAGGCGCACCACUGGCGCACUCGCCGUUCACUUGCGAUGGGUAUCGUCAUGACUGGCUCUGGUAUCGGUGGCCUGAUAUACCCCAUCAUGCUGAACAGGCUCGUGCACGGCAGCGCAGGUUUCGCCUGGGGUGUCCGUGCAACGGCGUUCCUCACCCUCGGCCUCCUCACCGUGGCGAACGCCGUCAUGACGACUCGUCUUCCGAGCGCGAAGAAGCGAGGACCAGGGCAAAAGCCAGACGCGAAGGCUAUCAUGACGGACAUACCAUUCUUGGUGCUCGUGUUGGGGUUGUUCCUGGUGUUGUGGGGGAUGUUCUUCCCGUACUUCUACUUACAAUUGUGGGUCAACCUUCACGGCCUCUCCUCGACUCUCGGAUUCUACACGAUUGCCAUCCUUAAUGCGGCGUCGAUCUUUGGGCGGACGCUCCCGAACAUGCUCGCCGACCGCAUCGGCCCGUUCAACGUGCUCGCGCCGAUCGUGGUUGUCACCGGUGCGCUCGUCUUCGCCAUGUUCGGCGUUACGUCGACAGGCGCGGUCAUCGUGUUCUCGAUCUUGUAUGGUUUCUUCUCCGGAGCUACGAUUUCUUUGAUGCCGCCGGCCGUCGCCACGCUGUCGAAGGGCGUGCAUGAGAUCGGAAUGCGUCUCGGACUCGCAUACUUCUUCACGUCCAUCGCGAUGCUGACUGGUACGCCCAUUGCGGGCGCGCUGUACGACGAACAGGGGCAGUGGUACAAGCCGAUCAUCUUCAGUGCGGUAAGUCGUUGGCGCUUCUUUCCUCGCCCAGUAUGGGUCGUGCGUGCACUACGGCACGAUCUACUUUUCCGUUUUCCGCGCACCGCGAAAGCAGUGUUUAGCGUGGCAUGGUACAGCGUGCUCACGGAUUGACAUGAUGCAGGUCGUUAUCUUCGCCGGCGCUGUGUUCAUCACCGCAGCGCGGAGCAUCGUCGUGAAGAGAAAGGGCACCCAGCGCGUCUGAGAAAGGAAUGGAUAUAUGUAACUCGAUUCUAAUUCGUAGUGCGGUUGUAUGCGGCAUACGAGGAUGCCUGUACGACUGCUUCUUGGUGUGCGCUGAUGUACUUACGGUGUGUCACGUAAUUUAUAUUACAUAAUGUCCCCAACAACGAGGUCUGGCAC